GCGAGAGAGUGGAAAGACGCGCGUGUUUUUUUCGUUUUGCAACUCCGAGCAUUGUUGAAUGAAUUAACAUCAGAAGAAACCCGAAGAUUGAACAGACCUCCAGCUCCCUGAAGAACCAUCAAAGUCAUCCUUGUUAAUGUAACAUAAGUGGGGAGCUGAAGUGAAAAAUAUUUUAUGAGAUGACAUUUCGUCCUUGGACUAAUCAGCUGAAGGGCCAUUAUAACACGGAACCUGAAACAUUUGUAGGUCUAUACAUGGCCUCAGAACCCUGCAGGUGUCUUUGAGCCCUUUGAUUAAAUCGAUUCAAAAUGAGCUUCCCAACUGGUAUUCAGGGCAUAAGGGUCAAUGUUGAAAGAGGAGAGAAGAUUGGCAACAACAAAACCCAAAUCCAGUUCCCUGAUGGGGAUGACAAUGCAAAUCGAUUAACUUCAGUGGGUGACCAAGAAGGAAGAAGACUGAUGGAGGACACAGUGUACAGCACAAGCUCAAUACCUCCUCUUGUUUCUCAGACUGACUCCCCAGACAAGUUGGUGAUUUGGGGCUCUGAACAGCAAUGUAUGGAGCCUCAGCUGAGAGAAUUUGAGGUUUUGGAGUGUCAGGAGAUACAUGCAUUCUUGGGGAACAGGGAUCAGGAUGAGGACGAAGACGAUGGUGGAAGUUUGAGAGAUGGCAAAGACGAGGGUCCCAUGUCAAUAUCCUCCAGCUCAACUGCCAGCUCUGCCUCAACUGGAGCGAGGAGAAAUGACAAUGACAGCAACAAAGUGGAGGGCAGAAUACAGAGGGGCAAAGAGGUGCAGAAAAGGAUUGCCUGUCACAGCACCGAAGAGCUAGACACAUGUGUGACAGGCUCAAUAGAGAGAAAAGACACCAGGUCAGGAAGAGUAGGAAACAGAGAGAGACAAAAGGGAGGUCUGAAGGAGUCCAAGUCAGAGACAAAUGUGUUUGUCUCAAGUCUUUCAGCUGUUGCCCUCAGCGGGAGUCUAUCAAGUGCGCUUGACACUAGCGUAGAAGCCCAUACUUUCAUCUCGAUGUGCAACUCCAAGAGCAACCUUUAUCCCAACACAAACAACACUACCUCAGCCGAGACAAGAAGAAGGGCAGCUCCUGUAGAUGCCAACCAGACCUCCCCUCCAUUGCAUCCUCAGGAGAAGCCUCGCAUUCCUCAGUUCUACAGCCAGGAUCGAAGACAUGAGGAGAAAAGUCUGCAAAGAAAUGAAUCCUCUUCUGAUGUGGGUUUUGGCCAAAGAAGGAAAGCUGGCUUUGAGGAGAGGGUCAUGCCACCACGACGGCAGCAGCUUGUCAGACCCCUCUGUCAGACGGAGACAGGAAGUGCAAAGAAAUCAGCAGAGCCCAAUGACCAACAGGUUGAAACAGGGCCAUCUUUUUUCCCAAAACCCACUCUAGAUUCACACAGUUGUGAAUCUAACAGAAAGUUUACAAAAUCCUCUUUACGUGAACCAUCCGAUUUCUCAUCCCUCUACCACGCAUCCGGAGUCUUACAGCCUAGACAGCCAAACCCCGCAGUCCAGAGGGAGGCUCGUCCUGUAGAGAAACAGCCAGUUACAACUGCAUGGCGGAACUCAAGUCCUGCCAAUCCCUCCUCUCUUGAGAAGAGACCCCAGACUCAGCUUACAUACAGAAGGAAUUGCUCCAGUCCAAACAGGACAGGGGUUGAUUCUAGGUCAUCGACCCCUCCCCACUCCCCUCUCAGGACACCCCAGGGUUCACCACGCAGGCAAUCCUCCAUGUACCUCGUUUCCAGGAAUGUCCCUGGAGUCGUUCGACACAUCCCAGGAUGCAACCCUGCUGUAACAACAUCAGCUCAGGGCUAUGGCAACAGUUGCAUGAGAGCACCAGUCAAAACUAACAUAAGCACAAGUGGAAUCCCAAAAGCGCCUCUUAACAACCAGCAGAGCUCAAGCCCCAAAGAGAGCUCCCCAUCACCUAAACUUAAACCGAAAGGAGUUCGGCCCAAAAUCAUCACUUAUGUCCGAAAGAAUCCUCAGUUUAAGCCUCAAGCUGCUGAUGGACCUUAUCAGGUAUCCUCUCUACCAUCCAGGCUUUCAGCAUACACACAUGGCCAAACAACCACUUCUUUCAAAGACACCACAAGAGACCCUUCCAAGCCUGAAGCAGAAACCAGAGGACCCCCCGUUCUUAGUGCCUCUAAUCUGCUAUAUGACAAGUACCGCCAAGAGAUGCAGACAAGCAUCUUCCCAUCAGGUGUGCUGAGCAGGAGUAUCAGGGCCCCUGGACAUACACACACUGUCCCACCUGCACACACUCACAGCCACACAGCACCUCCAAAAUUGGGCAGCAAGGCAGACUUCUAUGGGGCACCAUCAGAGAUGGGCAGAUCUUCCAGUUUAAAAGGCAGCACUGCUGAGGAUGCACUGCAGGCUCGAACAGCCACUCAUGCCGGAGGAAGCGGCAGUCUCUUGCGCACUGGCCGGGGUCUGCGUCUGGGUCUCGGAGCCGUCAACAGGGCGGCUACAGGGUCAGCCAAGGGCAGAGGACUAGGUCAAGGUCAGAAAUCAAGCCUUGUCAUCAGCCAGCCUAUCCAGCCUGUCAGCCCAGCGCAGAGUCAGAAAAGCCAAGAUAACACAGAUGAUGUUUUUACCCAUGAUGCUCCUGUUCCAGCCACAGCAGCAGCUCAGCCACACCCUUCCACCUCCAGGUCCACGCUUACUAAAACGAGCCAGUCAGGUCUGCGACCCCCGGGCUUCAGCUCCAGCCGCCACCCCGCCGGUCGCUUGGCAGCUUUUGGCUUCGUUAGGAGCUCCAGCGUGUCCUCUGCCACCUCCGCUCACUCGGCCGACAGCACACAGAGCGACCCCUGCAGGACAGCUCACCGUCUGAGUGUGAGUGAGGAGCCUCCUCCCCACAGAGUGACCACCGGCCCACUGUCUACAGACCACCAGAGAGGGCCACCAUGUCGCAGCAACAGCCUCCAGCCUCCCUCAACCCCAGCCCUGCCACGACGCUACCUGCCUCCCCAGCCAAGAAGCUCCCCUGGAGUUGGCAGGAAGGAGUUUCAGCGGAGCUCAGAGGUCACACGUUCACUCCCGUCUUCCCCGAAGAGGCUGGCCGUGGUUCCCCCAAAACCUCAGUCACCAGUCCAGUCUGUCCAGCGACCAGCAGCGGCAGUGCGAGGGUCAGCCCCCCCAGGAUCCCCUCGCCGUGUGCCCCCCCUGCUCCUGCAGCAGGAGCAGCAGGAGAGCCUGCAGAGAGAGAAAGAGGAAGCUCAACAAAAGGAAAGAGAAAGGCAGGCUGAGGACAGAGAAAAAGAAGAGCAGAGGGAGGAGGUUCAGAGACUCCAGGGACGCUGUGAGCUGCAGGAGAGGCAGCUGAGGGUUCUGAGAGGAGAACUGAGGAAGACUUCCCUGGGUCUGGAGGCCUUCAUUAUCACAACUCAGCAUUACUGCCUCAAGAACAAAAUUACAGAAGAAAAUCAAAGGAAAUUGUCCAUGGAAAUGCAAAUGAUCAGAGAAGAAAUGGCGUCCAACUCAGCUCGAUGGGAGAGACUGCAUCGGGAAAAGACAGCGCUGGAGGUGGCGUUUGAGCGAGAGCUUCAGGAGCUGCAGCUGCAGGGAGGCGAGCUGGCUGCGGUGGAGGAGGGGCUCAGGAAGUGUCACUCAGCAGAGGAGGAACACCUGAAGGCCGAGCAUCGCUCAGAGAUGGAGGAGCUGAGGACUCAGCAGCAGGAACAGGUGGAGGAGAUGACAGUCCACCAUCAGGCAGCAAUUCAGGAGCUCAGAGAGAUGCAUAACAUCACCAUGGCAACGCUGCAUGAAGAGCAUGCCCGUACCAUGAGAGACUUGCGGAAAGCUCAUGAGCAACAGAAGAUGCUACUAGAGGAGGAUUUUGAGAAACUCAGGCUUUCUCUGCAGGAUCAAGUGGACACUCUCACUUUCCAAAAUCAGAGUCUAAGGGAGAAAGCCAAACGCUUUGAGGAGGCUUUGAGGAGAAGCACGGAUGAACAGAUCGUUGAUGCUUUGGCUCCAUACCAGCACAUUGAACAAGACUUGAAGAGCUUGAAGGAGGUCGUGGAGAUGAAGAACCAGCAGAUACACCAGCAAGAGUUGAAGAUCUCUGACCUGGAGAAAGUGGCUCAGAAGAACGUGUUCCUCGAGGAGAGAGUCCAGGUUCUGCAGCAGCAAAAUGAAGACAUGAAGGCUCGGAUUCAAAUGAACCUUGCACUGUCCAGGCAACUGUCAGAGGAUAACGCCAACCUCCACGACUCUGUAGAGAAGGAGAGCACGGAGAAGAAGCGGCUGAGUCGCAACAACGAGGAGCUCCUGUGGCGUCUCCAGACCAGCCCUCUUAUGUCUCCUUCCUCUUCCCCUCUGCACCGUUCCUUCUCCACCUCCCCCGUCCUCAUCCCAAUUCUUCUCCUCCUCACCUGUAGCAGGUUGCGACUCUCCCACUCACUGCUACGGCUGUCCCCAGCAGGCUCAGUACUGCUCCCCGUCCCACAGAGCUGCCGCCGCCACCAAUCAAAAUCUCUCCCCAGGACCAGCCACACCCACUCACAGGGCAGCAAGCAAUCAGAAUUAUUCACCUGGCCCGGCCACACCCACACACAGAGUAUCAGCCAAUCGCUGUAACGCUGCUGCUUGUUAUGGCUCAUUGCAGAGAUAAGCUCACUAAACUGUCUAUCUCUUGACUUUCUUGUUUGGGUAAUUCUCUUUUAUUUACCGUAUAUUCUCCUCCAUUUUUGAAUGUGAAUGGAUUUGAGGUUCAUGUUGGGGAAAAAUGAGUCCUGGAAUGUAGACUGUAUAUAUACUGUAUGAUAGAGACACAGGCAAUGUCGUCAUGAAGUUAAAUCUCCCUGCAUCUGUAGUCAUGAUUCCGACAAACAGAAAGAAACUGUACAGAUGGAAAGUAAAACUCUCCUUGAGGCUUUGUUGACCUGUUAUAAUCCUGUGUGCUGGUAGGUAUGUUUACUCACCUGGCAUUAACAUGUAUUCAAUUACACCUCCAGUUAAAAGUUGCAAUCAGAUCUCCGUUACCUGCUCGACAUGGAAUUAAUUAGCAGCCUACAUCGCCUUCAUUAUAAAAAAUACGACUUUAUAGAAAACUCUGACGCACACAUGAGAGCGAGUGAGAGAGUCAGAAAAUAGCAUCUUGUUUAUCUGUUUCAUCACUUGCUCUCUUAACUUCCACCCUCUCUUGCUCUUUUCACUUGUUUCUAGAACAUUUCUGUGCAACCUGCACUUGAAAUCUUUCCCAAGUUUCUCUUUAACACAUGCCCCUUGCAGCAAGAGAUGUUUUGCUGUCAGACAGAAGGGGGAAUCUAAGGUGACAAGACAUGACGUAAAAAGCACACUAUGGAAGUGAAACUGUAAUGGUUAGACAGCAGAGUCUGACACUAUGAUGACAGUUUUUGUCUCUCUAACAAUGCUAUGUGUAAUUGGAUGUAGUCACAAAACAAAAGAGUUAAAAUAACAAACUGGCAAGAAGAAAAGAGUAUGAAGCAGCUACAUUAUAUGUACAAAGAUCUCACCAGUCGAGCACGUGCUGAAGAUAUAAAGCUCAUAAUCCCCCACCUGCUCCCUUCAAAUUGCUGUUAUUUACCUCUCUGUGAAUUGUCCCUGAAUAUUUCCUGCUGCGUUCUCCCAUUGGACAUCCAAAACUUCUUGCGGAAAUGUUACUAGGAGGCUGAAGUCCAGAUAAAGUGGGGGUAAAAAUGUGGUAAUUUGUGUUCACAUAUGCAGCUCGCAUAGAAAACUUGAGGAAAUCCUAAGGAACAGGGCAUAUUAUUUUAUCAGUAAGGGACAAUCUCGAUAAAGCGCCCCCGCACCCUCUAACCUUGUCCAAGAACGCGUCAGAAUGUGGCCUGAACGAACAGACUUCACAUCAUCUGAAAUGAGUCCAGGGUGUGUCUAUACCUCUACUGGCCACGUGUAAUUGAAUUACUUAAUGUGCAUGUUAAUACCAGGUGUAUACAGGGCCUCUAAAGUACUGUGAUGUGUUAAAACACGAUCAUGUCCUUGAUAAAAUAAUCGAUACUCUGUCAUCCGUUCUUCUUUGUCAGUUCAGAUUUUCCCUUCAAAAAAAAUAUCCCUAAAGGAAGCGCCUUGUCCUACCAUCUUACCAGCAGAGAAAACCCUUUUAUUUCACUAAAGACAGAAGAAUUGGCGUGUAAACCAACCUUUGGACAUUUUGUAACUUGUCUGAUGCUGAUCAUUUUACUCGUGUGGGGGACAACCCCAUUACCUGUUGUGUACUUCAGCCAUUGUUCCUGCAAAAUACAGAGAACUCAAUGUACAAAACCCUUACCAGGUCUUCCUACAGGAAUCUCUCCACGAGCUACAGUAUAUACCCUUCACUUUUGGGAUCCCUCAGGUCAACUACGCAAAAACUACGUCUGCCAUUUUCUAUUACCUCAGCGGGAAUGUGCAGUCUGUUGUGUCUUUAUCGCAACAGCAACAACAACAACAACAACAACAACAACAUCAACACAAACACACAGCUACAAGGGAACUCAAAGCUAAAGGGGGAAACACAACACAAGAAUCUCUGUUUUAUUUCCAUGUUUUCAAAUGUGAUGUUUCUAUCUAAUUCAUUUCUUACAUGUAUUUUGCCACUUAAGCAAGCAUGUACUGUAAAGGUCUUCCAGUCUUAAUGUGAAACUUCUUAUUGCUGUGAUCUGUCUAUUUAUUAAGCUUGAGGUGUGAAGGAAAAGGAUGGUGUGUGUAUCUAUGGAAAUAUCGCCCAAUGGGACACAAGUGAAAUAUGGGACGCACCCCGGGAGAAGUCCCACAUAAACACAUAAUAGUGUUCAGGGGUUCGUCUUAUGAUAUGAUAUGAGUCUAUAAGCUAUGUAGGUUUGAAGAAAAAUACAGGUUAACCCUUUGUUUACCUUCUUAGGUCUGUGUUAACCUCUUCAUAACAUCUUUGUUUAUCUGAAUGACACUUUUGUUCCCCUUAAAGUGUCAUUUUUAAACUUUUACAAAACUACACUGAAUUCUCAGCUCUCGAGAAUCUCUUAUUCAGGGAAUUGUUUUCUAAAUUUAGAUUAGAAGAAACUUUCAAUUUACUUUUUAUAGCUUCUCUACAGAACAUUAUACAUUCUCAAGAUUAUUUCCCGAGAUGAUUUUCCACGUAUGUUAAAUAUAGUAGAAGCUUUGGUAUUUAAAAAUGAUCAUUAUUAUAUAUUAUACAGUAUCUGAUAGCUGCCUUCUGUACUGUACUCAGCUGACUUACCCUCAGGGUCAUGACACCUACAUCACCUGGCUUUCAAUAAGUCAACAUAGAUAACUACCAUAAUACAGAGUAAUCUCAGUGAUUAACUGGCACGCUAACAAACAAAUGUAAAGCUGUUCAGACUAAAUAAAUCGUUGUAUAUAAGUGAAGCCAGUGAGGAGAGAUGAGGGUAAGUUGGUGUAGGCUCUUGGCAGUUACAGCAACUUUGCAAAAGUGAGCAGAGUUCGUGGCUAAUGUAAUAUUGUUAGAGUAACAUAGAUGCAUGGGGGGGGAAGGGUUUUAAUAUUCAGUGCCCCUGGUCACUUUUUCUGUUCAUUACUUUUUACCAGCAUGUAAAGGAGGACGUUUGUGGGUUGCCAGAUUUUUUUCAUUAGUAGACUUAAAAUUGUGAUACCAGCACUUUUGAUGGUCGUGAAAAAAGUUUUUAAGAAAAGAUUCUUUCAUAGAUCUUCAAUUUUUUUUUUUGUAUGACAUGUGCACAGGGUUAAAUGCUCUCAAGCGAACGAAUGUCAAGUACGGCAAAGGAAUUUGAGAGAUGUAUCUCAGUUCACACUUUUUUUAUACCUACACUGAUGAUUUUGAGAAUGUCUUUGCAUUACGAUACAAUUGUUAGAAUAUACCAGUCAGAAAGUCACUGUGUUUUCCAAAUGUUUAGGGUUCUCCUUCGUCACUGAAUGACUCUUUCGAUCCUCCUUAAGCUCACUAAUAGUGCAAAAAAAUAAACAAAAAAAUACAGUCUGCAAGAUGCAACCAAAAUGAUUGUUUACAAAAAUUACUGGUUUCACCAAAAAUGAAUAUUUCACCUUUGAAUGAACCGAUUUCUAAACAAUGAGCUGGUAUUGUAACGACCCUUCGAUGUGUCCUGUGGACAUUUGUGUCUCACUAUGCGCUGAAUGUCAAAAAUGUAAUGACUGCAUUUUAUACAAGCCAUCAAUGUGAUUUUGUUUGAUAUAAGAGGACCUCUAUGUAGCAGCCAUUUAACAUGUAGCACUUGGUUUAACCUCCCCACAAGAAUCAUGGGUCAUUUAAAGUGUCCAUUUUGAUAUUUAAAUGCUGUUGUAGCAAAUGUUUCCAUGGCUUGCCAUCUCCAGCACUAGAAUCCGAUUUUGUGGCCGUAAGCUCGACAGUUUUACCCCCUUACAGAUUUGGUCCAGAGACAAAGUUUACCGAAUGUGUUUGUUCUGCCACUGAUUGUAUGUUUGAAUGUAAAUACAUUUACAACAAGAGUUGUGUCUUAGUGCACCGACUAAAGUAAUAGAAGCAUGUUUUUUCUGUCUUUGCUGUUUUCCGGCUCUCCCUUCCUCUUCUGUCACCUCGCCGCAUCUGUGAUAGUUUGAAUUGUAACUGUAGCGUAGGAGGCCUAGAGGAAUGACGAAUGAGAUAAUUCAACAUGUAAUGUAUACAUGGUCUGUUGAUGCUUUCAUUUGGGGAGAGUAUUAAAAAUAUUCAAGAAAAGACA